UCAAUGAAGCUAUUUGUGACAGCCCAUAGACUAUAUUCCAUGCUGAAUUGAGCUAAUAGAGGAUUACCUGGCAUUUAGUGCAUUGAUUGUUUAUUGAGAUCUCCAAGAUCCAAAGGGUGGGUGAUUCUUCACUGAGCUUUGACGUACAAUAAAGGGAGUCCCUGUCACUCCCCCUCCUUAAAAAAAAAAAGAGAGCAACCAAAGGCUUUGUGAAAUCGGGAUCAGACAGAGAUCCAGGGCAGUCAGAGAAGUUUCACCUUCCUGGGAAUAAAAGAUUUUCUUCUCUAACAAAUAGCACAACUGAAAGAGGAGUCUGAAAGUGAUAUGAUCACUGGACGCACCGUUCAAGCAUACAGUAGUAUGCAACUAACGUAUUUACUGCUUUUUCUGGGAAUAUUUGGCAUCCACAUCCUCUCCUGUCAUGGUCAAGUAGAUCCACUUGCCCUAAACCGUGCAGAUCCCCAGUGUUGGGAAUCCUCUACAGCAAAGCUACUGGAGAUGAAGAAACCACGGAUAGCAGAUUCUGUGCCUGAAUUCUGGGACUUCAUGAUAUAUUUGAAGUCAUCUGACAACCUUAAACAUGGUAUUUUGUUUUGGGACCUAGCACAACUUUUUUGGGACAUCUAUGUACACUGUGUACUCUCCAGAGCACAUGGCCUUGGUAGAAGACAACUCAAUGAAGGAGAAAAAAAAGUAACUAACUUCAUUUCACAGUACACCUCAAAAACCUUUUCCCAAAAUCGAAGACCAUUAUCAAAACAAUGGGGAGAACUCCUUGAACAGUUAAAGGGUAUCAAUGUAUACAAAAGCGAAUCCAGGCUACUUGGCAUUAUCAAAAGACACAUGAAGAGAAAAUAGCUUAAGAGCAAUGUGGAAACCAAAAUUA